CAUUUAUAAGUAUUUAUGAGUUCUGAGCAAACUGAGUUGGCAACUGUCAAUGGAAAUAAGAAGGACUGUGAGAAACAUGCAGAAGGCACUGAGAAUAUCCAAUUAGAAACAAGUGAACAAGAGAAGCAAACUGAAAGCGAACUACCAGCAGAUGGGCAAUUAGAAGAGGCCUCUGAUGUUUCAAUGGACGCUGUAUCCAAAGAUGAUGAGGAUGAUGAGGCUAUUAUUCAGACAUCAGAUAAGAAUCAACAAGAAGUUUCUGAGGGCGAGAGUAGCGAUGAGGCCGAUUCUGAUACUGAGAAAAGGCCAGUGUUUGCUGAUCUUACUGAUAAAAUUGGACCACUUUUCAGCAGUACUCCAGUCCCAGACAAGAACCUUGAAGAAUGCACUGAGAUUGUCAAGAAGAUUGCAGAAAGAUAUUUUAAAGUUAAAAACUAUAAGCAUAGCAGGGACCUUUUUAUAACACUAAAAUAUGUGCUUGAGAUAGCCCUCAUAAUUCCUGAAUAUUAUGUAUCCACGUAUCUCCUAGCACUAGAUCCUUUUAAGUGGAUAGCCCACUUCUCUGAUGUGAACGAGUUCCCCUCUCUAUUUUAUGAGUACAAAUUAUUUGAAAUGGACAUCAGAGGGUACAAAAGAUUUAACCAGGAAAUGCUAGAUGAUGUGUGGGGCUAUAUGUAUGACAAGUGCAGGGGUUAUGGAAUCAUGCUUGACGAGGUCUUUCAAGCUAACCAGAUAGACAAAAUUGACCGGGAAGAUAUGGCUGAGAUGAUUAGAAGUGUACCCGAAAGCGCACUCCUGAGACAAGGAUUUGAGUAUAACUCUAAGAGUGAGGAAAACAUGAACAAGAUUAAGAGAAUAGAGAGGAGUUUGAAAGAGGUUAGGAAGUAUCCAUUCAGAACGGGAUUAGAUGACAUUUUGACAAUGGAUCAAGAGAUUAGAGAUUUAGUAGAUGAACAUCUUAAGGGACUAGAUCUUCAGACAAAAUGUCUUGUUUCUUUAGAUCUUCUGUAUAGCUUUUUCAUUAAGUUUGAUGAGAUAAUAGAUGAUACUUAUGAUUUAUUCGAGAAUUUUAAGCGUAUCUCUAAAGAAGAAUUCCUCCUCCCUGAAGAGCCAGAAGGAAAAGAAGCAAAAACUGACCAAAAGGAGUCUGAAAGUGAGAAUUGCAUGACUGACACUGCAGAGCCUAAGGUUUCAGAUUAAUAGCAGAUAAAAACAAAAUGUUUCAAAUUUUAGU